UGCUAGUUAGGUUAUCGUUGUACAUAAAUGUAAUAAAAUACAUUUUAAUCAUUAUUAAGUUUAUAAUUAUCUUUCUGAUUUUUUCCAAAAAAAAACACUGAUGUUUGUUUUAAUUUAAACCGCUUUGAAAAUAGCAAUAUAUAUGAUACAAUUAGAACUCGCUAAUUGCAUUUAUAUCAUAUGUCUACAAAAAAAAAGAUAGAUUUUGUUUAUUAGAAAGACAUUUUGUAACACGACUAAUGUCUGCGUAUUUUGUCAUGUUUGUUAUUUUAUACAAUGUGGAUAAACUGACUUUUUCUCAUAUUUAUGUGAACAACUCGGAUUUUUUGUAUUCAAUUGAAAAAGCAGACUUGCAAUUGGCGAGGUUUGAAUGUAUUUGACUUCGUCACAUGGCAGCUCGCAUAUCUGUCAAGUCAGAAACGUAAACAAACACGGACAACCGCCCGUAAAGAUUGUGUGCAGAAUAAUCGUAAAAUUUUAUGUGAAAACUCGGGAAAAGGUAAGUGUUCUGUGCAUAUUUCAGUAAAUAAACUAUCUUUUAAUGUUUGAACACAUUAUUCCACAGGAAAAACAUCAUUUCAUCCCGAAAUUUGGCAACAUUCGUCCGAGUAUGAUCGAGCAGCUGUGUGUGUGUAUGCCGACGAAAUACGACGCCGUUUCUACAACAAUCACUAAAGCCGGCUGUGAUCGUGAUCGGCACAUUCUCAACUGGACCAACACACCGGUCGUUGUGUAUCUUCAAGCAAACCAACGUUGCCAUACACCACAAAAUAGCAUGGAAAGGAAAGUAUUAUAAAGUAAUGUCAUAUUUGAAAGCAUUCUAAUCUUUCAUUGUUAUUUUUCCACUGCAAACAGGACAUUGGAUCACCGCAUCGACAAGUGGUUUUUAUGUGCAAGUGUUGUUAAGAAGUGUGUUGUACGGUGUAUUACGUGUUUUACUUUAUUUGUAUCGCUUUGCAAGUGGUACAAUUAGUGCGUUUAAUAGUUGUAAUACAGCUAACAUAAGAUUUACCCGAGCAUUAGAAGCGGCAACAAUACAUGUGCCUGAGGCAGAGACAACAACGCCGUCUGCAUCCGUUGAUACCAUCCAAAGUGAUGGUUGAAAUCGUAUUUAAACGUGUAAAACCAUGUAUUGGGGCAUGUAAGUAUUGAAUAAUAGCUAAAUAAAAUACAUUUUAUCGUUGUACUGGACAAUGUGCAUCGAAAUUAAAAAAAAAGUGUGUGUGUUUUUGUUUACAUCCGAAUACAGAACCCACAACGCUAUACUGUGGUUCGAGCACUCGCUAAGUAACGCUUGAGCUUUGAGCUUUCAUUGAGCUUACAUAGAAUGUUACACGCUACCUGCUCACUAAGGACUGCUAUCGAGCAGUGUUAUGAGCAGGUAGCGAGCAGUAACGCUUCCAUACAAAAAUCGCGAAACGUAACGCUCCAAUGCUAUUUGGGUCGUUCGUCGUGUACUCUCGCUCUCGUGUGUCUAUUUGUGGUAAGUGAUCCUCUCUUGUUUACCUAUCCUUUCUCGUCACACAGUUGGGUUUCUUUUUCUCGCUCCGACUCUCUCAUGGAGGCGGAGCCGAUGGAUGAAUCGGAGGAGGGCUUUACUACAGUGAAGCGAAAAAGUUCCGAUCCAGGACAGAAUGCGAAAAAAAGGCUAAUAACGAACCCUUACCUUCAACGUCCCGUGAUCAAUUCAUGGGUCAAUCGUUGAAGGGGAAUCCCAGAUUCCGAGCGUAUCCCGCAUCUUAUAACGGGAUACAUGAUGUAUUUUUCAUGCCGAAAAAUAAACAGCUCGAUGUAAGAGCAAUUACGGCAUCUGUUUAUAAAAAAUAUCCUGGUGUCUUAGACAUUAUUCGCCCGCGUCCAAACAAGCUGCGGGUUACCGCAAAAGACCGGAUGCAAGCCAAUGCUAUUGCGGCCGAUCCGUCCUAUACGGAGGAUUACCGGGUACAUAUUCCCGGUGGAUUGGUGGAAGUCGUCGGUGUCAUUGAUGACUUAGAUUACCCCUUAGAGGACAUCCUAAAGUACGGACAAGGGGCUUUUCUGCACCAAUCUUCCCCUCGGGUAAAGGUCCUUGAAGUUAAAAAACUUUACGCUUCAAGUGCGGUCGAUGGAAAGAAGGUGUUCCGUGAGACUUCCUCACUCCGGAUCACCUUUGAGGGUACAGUCCUGCCAAACACGCUGUACAUUGAAGGAUUCAGAGUGCCCAUCCGUCGACCAUUUGUGCAAAAAAUAGCAUGCUGCACAAAAUGUAGACAGAUUGGACAUUCAGAGCCUUACUGCACAAACUCCGUGAAGUGUGGCAAAUGCAAGGGAUCGCACUCAACAUCCGAAUGCAAGGCCGAAACUCAGAAAUGCAUUCACUGCAAGCAGGAAUGGCAUGAAAUGUCGUUGUGUUCUGUGUACCGAAAAAAACAAUCAGAACACAAACGGGCCGUCUUGCAGAAUACAAGAGGAUUGUACGCCGAUGUUUUGAAGUCCACCUCAAGUGUGAAUCCGUUUGAUAACCUUUCCCUAUUGGAGGGUAAUGAACCGUUGCCCAAUAUGGCAUCAUUAAUUGGAGUUAAAAGAUUGCAUACAACACGGGUACCAAACAAAAAGACAAUAAAAAAAAAAUAUUAAAGCUUCACCCAAAAAGGCACGACUCAACUCGACGUCACGACAACGCGACCUCACGCCAACCCCAGGGCUCCAAACCCCCCCGUGACGCUCGCACCCAUCCACGUUCCCGUAACCUUUCCAAUCCCAGCAAUCUGGCGUUCCCUAGCGAACCCAGAUCUUUCUCCAGGCCAUCCCUCCCAAGCCUGACAGAGAUUUUACACUCUCUCCUUGACUCCCUCCACCUCCCGGAAGCCCUUACCGGAUUGAUUCCCCUGGUAUUUCCUUUCCUAAGAGGAAUGGUUAUCAAAAUGGCCAUGUCUAAGUAUGAUGGUCCGUUUGGAUGAUUAAUGCCUCCAAUGACUACUACACUACAAUGGAACUGCAGAAGUUUUUUGGGAAAAAUAGAUUCUUUUAAGGUAUUACUAGGGCAAUAUAAUUGUAAUGCAUUUGCCCUAAGUGAAACUUGGCUCUCACCCGAUAAAAAUAUUACCUUCCCGGGAUAUAAUAUUAUUCGUCAAGCCUGACAAGAUCGAACAAAUGAUAGGCGAGAUGGGGGAGUGUUAAUUGGUAUUCGUAGCAGUCACAGCUUCAGCAGAAUACCCCUCCCCACACCCGAGGUAAUCGAAUACGUCGCGAUCCAGGCAAAGCUAGGAGAUCUUGACGUUUCUAUUGCCUCAAUUUAUAUCCCACCGGGAGCCAAUCUGGAUCCAAAGAAGAUCAACAAGGAUCUUGAGACAGUAGUAACGGUACUACCAAAACCAUUUUUCAUCCUGGGCGACUUUAACGCCCAUGGAUCAGAUUGGGGUUGCACGCAUGACGAUAAUCGUGCACCAAUCAUUAGGGAUAUUUGCGACACACACAGUUUGGCAAUUCUAAACUCUGGUGAAGCAACUAAGGUGCCCUCACCUAUGGCACGACCCAGCGCAAUAGACCUUUCUCUUUGUUCGUCGUCUUUAGGGCUGGAUUCUAUGUAGAAGGUAAUCCAAGACCCGCUUGGUAGCGACCAUCUGCCAAUAAAGAUCUCGAUUAUCAAGAGGAGUCGCACAGUCGAUCAAGUCCCCGCUAAUUGUGACUUAACGAGGAACAUCGACUGGACGAAAUACGGCGACCAAAUGACCGCUUUGCUAAAUCGCGUAAAACCCGAUUUCCACCGUAAAUGAGAAGUAUACAAAUCUCGUUAUGAAGAUAAAUGAGUGCGCCCUCGGUGCCCAAACGAGGCCGCCCCCCCAGGCAAGGAUUUUUAAAAGACCACCCACUCCUUGGUGGGACGCGUAUUGUAAAGCGGCAUUCACAGCGAAGCGGAAGGCUUUUUUCAGGUAUAGAGACACCGGUUCCAUGGAUCUAUACAUUCAUUAUAGAGGCCUGGAGCGUAGGUGCAAAAACUUGCUUAAAGCAAAAAAAAAGGUCAUACUGGCCGAGGUAUGUCAAAAACCUCAAGUCUUCCACUUCGCUAACGGAGCUUCAGAGCAUGGCGAAAAGGAUGCGCAACAGCAAAGCAACAAACGAGAGCGAAAGGGUUUCUGGGGCAUGGCUAGAGCCAUUUGCACAAAAAGUCUGCCCUGAUUUCGCUCAAGCACCUCCAUAUCAAUAGAGUGCUCAUGGGAGUGAUCCGCAAAUGGAUUCACCGUUCUCAAUGGUUGAGCUAUCGCUUGCUUUGUACUCUAGCAACAAUUCCAGUCUCCAGGACUGGAUCAGA